CUCAAGCUUUCUGCAACUUAACGUUAAUAAUGUCCAAAAAUUCCGACGCAGUUUCACAAGUAAAUUCAACGAAUUUGGCUCAAGGGACGGACAAAUUACUGUUUCACCAAAUUCGUCAAAAGGGAAAUAAAGAUAUCUUUGCUGACUACAUAAUACUCCUUCGAACGAUUCCAACGAAGAGUACUGAUAAGGAAGAACAUAAAAAGAAGCUUGAAGAAACGUGCAGAAAAGUUAUAUAUAGUUUAGAACAGGCUGGUCUACAAGCUGAAGUCCGCAGAGGCUCUGACAAAUUAAUUUUUAUAUUUGUUCUCUGUGAUUUACAUAGGCUAAAGAGAGAGGUCGAAACCUCGAGAAUUAAUGACUGGUUUGCAGGUGUUCGUGUAAAGGAUAUUCAAGAUGAUAAUGAAGUCGAAAACGACGAGCCUCUACCAGACUCUGAACGAUUACGUCUAGUAUAUGAAAUUAUAACAAAACCCGUACAAGAAAAAGGUGCUGGUAUUAAUCCCGGACUUGGCGAUUUUGAAUUGGUUGAGAGUAUAUUGCUUCUUCAAGAUGACGAAUACAAUGAGGAGUGGAUAAAGACUUGGUCAACCAAGUGGAUAAUCGAAAAAGAAGAUCUGCUUAGAUUAAGAAAUCAUUUUGGAGAAAAGAUUGCAUAUUACUUCGCUUUUCUUCAAUACUAUUGCGUUUGGCUCAUUGUGCCAUCAAUUGUUGGUUUAUUUACUUGGUUGACUUUAUCUGAAUAUUCCAUCUUCUAUGGGGUCUCAAUUGCCCUAUGGUCCAUAGUAUUCGUAGAAUUUUGGCGACGAAAGGAAUAUGAGUUAUCCGUCUGGUGGGGAGUACGUAAUUACUCUCGCGUUGAACGUUGCCGUCCAACUUUUCAAGAAGAAUAUUACAUUCCAGAUCCCAUAACUGGUGAAAAUAAACCUUAUUUUUCUCCAUGGAGAAGAUGGUUACGAAGAGCUGUCGCAGCUCCAAUAAUUAUUAUGUUUAGUUUAACAUUAUCUGUGACAUUGCUUUUCUAUAUCUUACUUAAUGUUAUAAUGUCUGACUAUUAUGAUGGGCCAUUUAGAGAAGAGUUGAUGUAUCUACCGACUGUAGCUUAUUGUGCCUUAGUUCCUGCGUUAAACAUGUUUUACACAAAGAUUGCACGGCGUCUUAACGAAUAUGAAAACUAUGAGACUGAAUCCUAUUAUGAAUUUAAUCUCUCUCAAAAGAUCUUCAUAUCCAAUUUUCUUAUAGGAAAUCUUUCAAUUUUCUUUAUUGGCUGGAUUUAUAUCCCUUUCAAUUACGAGAUUGGACAAUACUUUGGAAGUUUUUUUGAAAUAUUUGGGUUAUCAGUCACAAUUGAACCUGUUGGGCCAGAAAGACUGAUGAAUGAAUUGAAAUAUUUUGUUUUGACUGGUCAAAUUAUGAGCCUUUUCAUGGAAAUUGCAUUACCCUAUUUACUUCGAGCUGGGGCAGUUGGGGUUAAGAAAAUACAACGGACUACCACCAAAGAUGAUGCAAGAAACGAAGACGAGUCUGCAUUUUUGAAGAGAAUUAGAAAAGAAGCUAAGUUACCUGUGUAUGAUAUAUUUGAGGAUUAUGCUGAAAUUAUCACUCAGUUCGGUUAUGUAAGCUUAUUCUCUGUAAUAUGGCCAUUAACACCAAUAGCGGCACUUAUCAAUAAUUUGGUAGAAUUACGUUCUGAUGCCAUCAAGUUAUGUGUACAUACUCGACGACCAAUACCACAUCGUGCUGAUAGCAUUGGUCCAUGGUUGGAAAACUUGGAGCUACUUACUUGGUUAUCAGCAAUAACAAACCCUUCUUUACUUUAUCUAUACCAUCCAACCUCAAAGGCAUUUUCAUCUGCUUCGUUAAUUGUUAUGAUGGCACUCAUAUUUUGUACUGAACAUAUUUUCAGUAUUGUUCGCUAUAUUGUACGACAAAUGAUGUCCGCCAUUCCAAGUUCUGCGGAUGAUUAUAUUAAAAGUCAGGAAUAUAAUGCAAAGAAACGGUUACUGGAAAAGAGAGCACCUGCUAUUAAGAGACAAAUAUCAAAUCAAGAGAAAGGAGGAACUUGGACGUGGGGUAAUGAUCUUGAAGAAUCUCUUCGUUCUGCCAUCCACGACUAUAAGACUGAAUGAAAAUCGAAAAGUCGAUUUUUUAUUAAAUUUGUAAAUAAUGAUAAAAUUUCAAUUUCAAUUUUGUGUGACAUUGUCUACAUAAUUAUCUCGAAUUUUGUAUUUUUAUAUAUCUUACAUGAAAACGAGGUUUUCGUUUUUAUUAAGUUAUUACUUUAUAGGUUACAUU